AUUUUUUUUUUAUUUUGAAUUUGACAAACGUGGACGGACACACCUCCACAAGACAUGCAGACGACAGCGCAGAGACGGUACUAGCCGCGUCUUGCCCAAGUUUAGCCAAUCCACAGACAGCGCAUGUCGCAGUUGUCCGCGUCUUUUGAAGUAUGAAGUUUCGUGGACGAAUAGUAGACAUCGUGUGCAUUCAGCAGCUUUCCAAAAUCGUGCACACAGUUUCUAAACUAGCUAAGGAUGUCACCUUGCGCAUCACUACGGAUUGCGUCUACUUCAUUCUAAAUGAAGACGCUGUAAGCGGUGGCGGGUGGCUAUGGGCUGACAUACCGCAGGAAACUCUGUUUCAAGAGUACAACAUGCAAGGUGUCUCAGACGAAUUCAACGAGAUAUAUCUCGAUGUUGUCGCUGAUCACAUUGUGAAAGCACUGAAGUCAGCAGCAGCUGCGAAGUCGCUAAAGGUCAAGCUGACUAAAAGGCAAACUCCUUGCCUAAGUUUUGAAAUAGAAUUGCCAUCACUAGUCUCAACAUCUCGAACUGUUGUUCACGACGUGCCAGUGUCCGUGAUACCACGAAGACUGUGGAAUAACUUUGCUCAACCAGAUGUGGAAGAAGGCGAUAUUGUUACCCACAUGCCAUCAUUAAAGGUGAUGAAAAAUGUUGUGGACAAAAUGAAGAACCUGAGUUCGUAUGCGACCAUAACAAUCUCUAGCGAUCAUGGAAUGACUGUAUCAGUUCAAACAGACAUGGUCACUGUGACUACACAUUUCAAAGGACUGCAGUUCCCUCUUUCUGGUGAUGGCACCAUUUCUCAUGCCGGUGUUUACGAAGCCCGCAUUGAUUUGCGCAAAUUGGUGCCAGUGCUUUUGGCACAGCAGCUGAAUCCUAGGCAGGUUACAUGCAAAAUUGCACACAAGAAGUUGUGCCACAUCACUUUCAACCAUGACUACGGUUCCUUGCAGUACUUACUACCAUGCGUGUAUAGCUAAGCAAAGCAAAUAUUGUACUAUUUUUCUGUCACAUGCUACUAGCUAUUUACACGUCUCAACUUGCAACUGCUCAUGCCGACUUUUGACGUGUAGUAGCACAAAUGCCGAGAUUACACUUGGAUGGCCAUGGACACUGGCAAAGUUCUCCAGAAUGUGGUGAUGCAGUGCAUGAUACCCUAGUUACAAAGGUAUGCUAAGCUCAGUGAAGCUGAGCCCUGGUUAUAGCAUAACACAGUUAUGCUUACAAGGCAUAUCAAGUAAUUUCUAUAUGUGGUUAUCAUAGCUAACUUGGUGACUGGCGUUCAGUGAAAUCAUGUUUAGUACACCAGUGUAAAUACUGUGGUACAAGUUUCUUGGCAAAGGCUACCUGCAAGACUGCAACAGAGGUGACGUGCAUCUUUGUAGGAACGUUAGAAGUGCUAUUUUGCUUUGAAAGCUGAAUGCUACUAAGAGGCCAUUGGGUUUCUAGGAAUGCAGCACUGGUUGCUGCCUUGGAAUACAUGUUUCUGCUCACUUAGUGUUAUCAAGAGAGUUUGCUUUACAAAAGUAGCUGCAGUAGGUAGUCUCCAGCUGCAUUGGUAGUGGUGAUGUCACCGCAGUAAUGACUCACAAACUAAUUUUCUAGCCUGCUUCCUUCAUGUUAUUUUGUGCAACUAUCACUUUUCAGUUGGACGAAGUGACAAGUGAAGGUAAAGGUGAAUACAAUAAAACGUAUUAAUUUAAAGGCUCUGGGAAUGCGGCUCUGAACAGUUAGGCUGCCAUUUCACUGUGCAGCUGCACCUCUGUCUAGCACUGGCAUACAGAGUAAAUUAUGCGCAGCGGUAACUCUCGUUACACACCACUGUGGGUGGCUUACUUGGCAGGCCCAUUGAAUUUCUCUGAAUUGGGCACUAUCUAACCCUCAAGAGUGCAUAUCGAUUGCUGGUCUUUGCUGCGUUUUCUGUGAAUGUACAUAACAAGGUGCACAAGGCAGGAUUCCAGUGAGUUUAUUAGUGGUAGAAGUAUUUUUCUGGCGUGAACGCGUCACAUUGUUUCAAAGUGAAAGCCACAUGUUAGGUGAAAUGUGAAUAAAGUUGUAGAGCUAAAAUUUA